UAAAUAAAAAGGUUGUUUUUUUGUUUUGUUUGCUAGAAUAACUAACUACACUGACCUCCUGACAGCUAUGAUGCAGCAAGUAUAUAAAGUACGUAUAAACCACGCCGGUCGACCUUCUUAUCCAGUCCUCCCCCCUUCUUUUUUUCCCUACGGCCAAUAUUGUAUCGGAUUGUUUUCGUUUCAUUCGUUCCAUUCUAUCCUAUCUAUACAGAGUCAAAGUCAAAGUCAAAUCGCAACGCAACGCAACGCAACGCAUCGCAUCUCGACCCGCAGGAAUAACCGCAACGAGAAUCGGAAUGCCCCCCACCGUCGCCUGGAUCUGGCCGAAAGACCCUAGACCGGGAAACCCGUCGCGGUGGCCGCGUCGCUGGCGGCUCUUCGAUGUGCUUACGAAUAAGGGGCCGGAUAUUUUCGUGGGCAAGAUUCAUGAUGCUUCUUCUGGGGGAUAUGGAGGGCCCACGCGGAGACAAUCGCAAGCGUCGGAGCCGCCAUACACGCAGCGAAAGAGACAGGGAGACGGAGAUAGAGAUGCUCGGGCGUGGGGGUCGUCAUGGCAGGAGGAUCAUCGGGGGUGUCGCUGCGGAGGUCGGGGGCGGAAUGCGGAGAGCAAGAGGUCCUUGCCCUGGACAAGACGGGGGUCGGGCGUGCAAUACGACUUUCGGACGAGGAAGUAUGCGGUCCCGGAUCGGGGGACUUGGCGUGGGGUUGAGUAUUGUGAUGGGGACAACGGCCGCAGUCAUGAGAUCCCGCUGAGGUAUUGGGAUUGCUAUGGGAGGGAGUACCCGGCGAGUUAUUGGCAUGAUGUGGCUUAUGGGGCGCAUGGAGACCACCAACGUUGAGGGGGUUGAGUUAGGUGUUGUGUGGUGGCGGCGGUGGUAUGAGAUUGCUUUUGUUGGGGAUGGUGAAUGUGGGAGGUUCCUUCAGACGCAUGUGGGGUGGUAAGCUUCCCAUGUUAUUUGCUGAGACAACGAUCCG